AGAAGUUGAAAGGAGCCAGCGACUUAUUUAUUCGGCGAUUGGCGACGAGGGUCAUGCAUAUCAAGUCCACGCAUAUUGAUCACAGAAUAUGACUGGCUUUCUUUUUAGGAAGACAGUCGACUAGACUGAGCAACACUAUCGCGCGCGUACAAAACCCUAGCUUCAAACGGUUGCUCCAGUUGGCUCAGGAACUAGAUAGAACUUAGAAGUUUUUUUUGUCUUUUCAUACUUUUUUACUUCGACACAUUGUCCUAUUAUUUCUAUCUACUUCAAGAAGAUUCGUAUUCUUUGUUUUCAGACUUGAGUUCAUAGCGUCCUAUUCGAAGGGCCAUUCCAUGGCUACGGUGGCAACAGGACUCCAGGACGGCUGUAAAGUAGUGGAGCUGUUUGGGGGAGCCAGGAAAAAGAAAGUGUUUAUAUACCUUCCUUCUGGUAAGAAAAUUUCCAUCGAACUGAUCGCAGAGGAAAAGCUACAUUCCCCUUUUUGACGUCAGUAAUAUUUUUUGGCGUUUAGACUGGUUACAAUGCAUGAUAUUAAUAUCAUGCAGUGUAACCGGCCUAAAUGCCGAAAAAUAUUACUGACUUCAAAAAGGGGAAUAUAGCUUUUCCUCCCCCAUCCCCUCCAUGCAAUGUUGUGCCACUGUUCCAGCUGCCUCUAGAAACCAACAAACAUCCGAACUUUGAAUGGAAGGGAACAGGGAGGGGUGUGGAUUCCUUUGUUCCCUGAAGUUCCCCUUUUUAAGUAAAAUUAAUGUCUCAACAAUUUUGCUGAUUGUAGCUUUGUUUGCAAACUUCUUAUGGGGAUUUUUUGAAUACUUUGUAUAGUUUUACAGUCAACAUUUUUCUAGUUUUCCAAAAUGGAACUUUGUUAUAUUUGAACAUUUCUUUUUUCUGCCUUGUGAGACUGAAUAUGUUAUAUUGGCUUUACUGCACUGGAAAUUUUCAAGUGCUUUUAUAAUAAUUCAAUACUUUUACUAGUGUAUUCUGUGUGAGAAAAUAAUUAUAUUAACUCAACACCCUCCAGUUGCCAAGUUUUGUUAUUCGAACCACCUUUCUCAUUUACAUUAGAUCAAUAUAAAAAAGAAAAAGUUAGAUAUUAAUGGCUAUUUGGCAGUCAAACUGGUUUUGUCUAAGGAGAGUUUGCGACACAUUUACACAAGGCUUAUGUUCCAUAUUCAUUAAUACUGCCUCCAUUGAGUCACGUUCAUGUCUUUCCUGUUGUGUUAAAAAUUUAAAAAUUGCCUAUGAAACAGAGAAUACAGUCAAAAAAUUUACUGCAAGUGCAUUAAUUUAAUUGCAGUUGAUUGUUCCCUUUCAGCAUCACAAACAAGGUCAUCCUCUACCCUUACCUCAACGUCUUCUACAUUGUCAUCAGCCGCGUCUUCUGUCUCAACAGCCACAUCAACUCCAGUUACAUUUUCCUUGCCAAUGUCUUCAACAGCAACAGCCUCAUAUCACACCCAGACAUUUACAUUACCACCAUCCAUAUCAUCCAUUUCUGCCUCCACCUCCACAGUGCCACUUAUGUCAUCCUCCACCUCCACCUCUACAGUGCCACCCAUGCCAUUUUCUGCCUACAACUCCACAGUGCCACUUAUGUCAUCCUCCACCUCCACCACUACAGUGCCACUCAUGCCAUUUUCUGCCUACAACUCCACAUUGCCACUUAUGUCAUCCUCUACCUCCACCUUCACGGUACCACUUGUGUUAUCAUCCACCUCCACAGUGCCAUCCUUGUCAUCUUCUACCUCCAUCUCCACUUCCCCAGUGCCGCGUAUUCCAACUUCUGUCUCCAUUUCCAUCUCCUCAGUGCCGCCCUUGUCUUCCUCUAUUUCCAUACCCACCUUUGCAGUGCCACCCAUGUCAUCUUCUACCUCUACCUUCACUUCCUCAGUGCCAUGCAUGUCAUCUUCUGUCUCCACCUCUUCAGUGUCACCCAUGUCUUCUUCUAUCUCCACAUCCACCUUUACAGUGCCACUUAUUUCUUCUCCUACAUUCACUUCCACGGUGACACCUGUAUCUUCUACUUCCACUCCCACAUUGCCACCUGUGUCAGCCUCAGGGAUCCUAAUAGAUCUUACCACACCACCCUCUAGUGGAGGUAAGUAAAGUCUGUGAAUGUUUUAAUAUGCUAGACGUGAAAAAUUUGACCAAACAAUUAUUGUUUUAACAGUAUUAAUGAGGUUUAACGCAAAUUCUGAAGUCAAUCAUUCCCAGGAUUUGCUUGGUUGAUCAUCAUCCAUGUUAAGUGGCGCCAGGCGAAGGGUAUCAACACCUUUAUUUUUUCAGUAACGCCCUCCUUAAAUAUCAUGUCAUGAAAAUGUGUUUUUGCAAUAUAUCUUUUAAUUCACUGAGUAGUGGUAAUUAAUAACAGCUGGCAGUGUACAUUUACAUCUAGGCUAGAGUUGAUCUCUUUAUUCACACAUGUAUGUGUUUCCCCAGAUACGAUAAAAAGUUGCAGGCACUGUAUGUGUCUAUAGUCCUCCCAUUCAAUAAAGCCUUAAACUUAGAAGCUGGUGGACAUUGAAAAUCUUCCUGACACUAAAUGAAAUGUGGAAGGAAAAAAUUAUACACUUGGUUUAAAGACUACAAUUUAUUGGCCAUUCUUGACAAUUGUAUUGCCAACCACAAGGGUUCUGUAUUGGCUAUUAAAACAAAUUAGGUUGAAAGGCUUUUUAAAUUCAAAAAGCAUGAAUACCGUUGUUUUGAUAUUUCCCUUGUGUUGUUAUAUGACUGUUUAUUAUUUUUAUUUCCUUUGACAUUAUUAUUUUCACACUUUCAUGUUUUCUUCUUUUUACUUUAAUUGCAAGCCUCCACCCGAAGGUAUUUGACAGCUAUAGCAAGCAGGGCAGGAACAUCAUUUGGUAUGUCUAACCCCUUGAAUAUUUUUACUGGUGUAAAGGACUUGAAGUUUUUUGAGGUUUUUCUAUGAAUAAAAAACACUUGUAACACUUACUGAUAAUCAUGAUGAUUAUGUGUUCAGCAGAUGAUACAUACGAGGAUGAUGUCAUAGACUUAGAUUCCCCUGGAGAGGAAGAUGAAGGUGCAGGUGAGAAGAAAACACUUAUGUUUAGCUACAGUGUAUAGAGUUUAUGAAAUCACAAUGAGAUCGUGACUGUACAUGUAGUUUGCUUAAUGGUGUACAUAAGGAUAUAUAAGAAAAAAACAUUACACAAUAUCAUGUGCUUAUUGAAACAUUUUAAUGGGUACACGAAAUUAUUGUAAUCAAAUAUAGAGGCCAAUUCAUGUAAUAGUUUGUUUGUAACACACUGAGGCGAAUUUUUAACUUUUAACUUUGACAUCACAGGUGUCGACACCAGCUGCUUUGGAGAUGAGCUACCACUCGACACCAGCAACUUCGGAGAGCUACCAGUCUGUAAGUUUCGUGCAAAAGUAGAUAAUUACACAUAAUAAUACAUAUUAUUAUAUAUUGUUCGCGACUCAAACUACCAUAUUUGUCAUAGUUCUUUUCUCUAGUGUUUCUCUUUUAAAAACUGUGUUUAGGAAUGGGAAGUUUUUGUCACUGCUAAUACUGUUCGUUAAGUUGUUACUUGCUGUAAGUAAUUGUAUGUUAAUGUAACAACUGUAAUAAAUUACCAAAAUUAAGUCAUCAGAGAUAUUUGUGACAAACUGUGUCAUGGCAUUUUGUAUCAUCUCUUUAAAUUACUAUUUAGGUGGAUAUGUGUUUGAUGAUCUCUCCACCGCAGGGGUUGUGACAGGUACUGUUGCAUUCUUCUGUAGAUUCAUUAGUUAACAGUGAUAGUAUUAAUUAUCAACAUUGCUCGUGAUGCCAUUCCCUAUGAGCCAAAUACUGUAAGUCCACCCUUCUUAUUCACCAAUUUCAAGGGCUAUUGGACAGUUAUUAGACUAAGGUGUGUAAGGAUGGCUAUAUAUAUUUUUUAUUUGAAAAUGAUAUGACAAUCACUAUUAAUUAUGUGUAUUAAUUAAAACACAAGAUGUUAUAAUGUUAUUUAAUGCCCGCUGAUAAAUUGUUUAUGGGUGGUUCACUCACUGCUUAUAAUGUUAAAAUCACAGAUGAUGCCAGCAUUGUCAGUAGAACGUCUGAGGUUCUACAAUGCAUCAACUCCUUGGAAAGAGUGUGUGGAGAGAUGGCGCAACUCCCAUUCCUUACGCAUACCUUUGAAGAGGUAGGCUGUUGAUUGCACAGAUCUCAUUAUCCCUUUGUAUAGCCUUUUCAAAAUAAUUGGAAAGAGUCUAUUGCUUAUCGGUCGCAGUUGUCUUGACAGGAUAUACCGCAAAGCAGCUAUUGAUGAGGGAGGAGCAAAAUUCACUAUGCCUUAGAAAUUUUGGAAAGUUUUGUUUGUUGUUGCUUUUUCAUGUAGUCUGAGUUUUCUAGUAUCUUUUUAAUUGAGCAUUCAAUACCAAAGGGAAGUUUUGCAGUAAGAAAUGGUUUUGCAAGCUACCUGUAUGUGAUCUAAUUUUCAUGUUUCUACAUUAUGCACUGACUGGCUUGGAUUUCAAUAACAAUCAUUUAACUCUUACCAAUGUUGUUUGUUUAAUUUGUUAUAAUUAAUUUCUAUGCCUCAAAUACUCUACAUGGGUUUUUUAGUGGGUUUUAUUUCUAAUACUGAAGUCAUAUAAUUUAGGGGUCACAUUUUAAAUAUGAGGGAAAUUUCUGGGUUUCAAUAUCUGUUGUGACCUUAUUCACAUCAUCCCCUUAAUUUCAACUUGUUUUAACCUCCCUUCAUCACUCCCACAGUCUAUGACUUAUGGGCAAAUGGACACCACCAAUGCUGGCUGAAAAAUGAAUAAUUUAAUAAAUAACUAUUUCUAAAAACAAGACUCGUCCUCUCUUUGCCUCGUAUGUGAAUUUUCCACUCAUUUACUCAGCGAGCAUCGGUAUUCAAAACUUAGUAUGGUUUCCACUUUUAUGUACAAUGUUUGCUCCAUGCAUGUAAAUCUCACCAAACAUGACCUGCGUAUAUGUUGUGGUGCAAUUUUUUAAAGGACUUAAUUAACUUGCCCAAAUCUGUCUUGAAUCAUGCAUGUGAUUAAACAAAUCAGAUACUCAAUUGCAGUAAAAAACAGAUUUUGUCAACCACUCUGAGAAUCUUCACUAUUUCAGACUCAAAUUCACCGAUUUAACUCUGUAAUGUAAUUGGAGACAGGGGUCAAGGCAGAUUCAACUCAUACAAAACUUAUUCGUGAUUUUGUUAAUUAAUAUAAAUAUGAACUCUGAGUUUUCAAUACUUCUAGUUUGUAUACCAAGGGACACAGGACGGUAGAAUAAUGAUGGCUGUCCUACUAGAUGAUCAACCUUUGGACAGUCAACAUUACAGAAAGCUAAUUACGUGAGUAUGUUGUUUAUUUCUUUCUAAGCUGCUGCCAGGUAGCCAAGAUAGUUCAUGAUUGUCACAUGCUUUUUUUGAGGGGGGGGGGACAGGGUGUAUUACAGUUGAACAGAAAAUACCGUACGAUUUAUAGGUCUGUUGUAAACUCCUAUGACGGGGCACUGGCGACAAGGCUUUCAAGUCUGACCCCAUCCCUAUGUCAAUCUCUACAAAUACCACAUGAAGAUUAACCUAUUGUUGUCAUUUCUUCUUCUUCUUUUUCUUCUUAAUCUUCUUCUUCUUCUUCUUCUUGUUAUUCUUAUCAUCAUUAUCAUUACUACUAUUAUAAGUGUUAUCACUAUUACAUUUAUUAGACUGCUGAAUGCUGUUGAUGAGGGAGAUGAAGGCUGCUUUCUCUGGAUUGCUGACCACCAGUCUCCUGAAUCUCAGAAAGGUAUGAAAGUGAAAAACUUUAAGUCUAUUUAUUGCAUAGACAAUGGCAACAUUGCUUUUUUGAACAUGAUACAAAUAAACCUAAAUAUCAUUUACUUGUGUUCUCUAUCUUUAAGUGCAACUGAAGUUCAGCAUCAUGCCGGGAACGGUACUGAUUUUAUCUCCGUCUUUAAGUCUGGCUGCACCACAGUGUGUGGAGAUAUUUGAUGGUAAGUUUAAUUAAAACAUGCAUUUUUCCAGGAUCAUGUUCUCCUUUUUUUGGUUUGUGCUACCUCGUAGUGUAUAGUUACAGGUAACAUAAUCCUAAUCAUUAUUGACAAAACUUCUUUUUUGUUCAUGGCAUUUAUUCGAAUUGUACUAUCUGACUACCUUUUUUGUCAUUUAUAUUAAUGCUUGUGAAAUUAAUUUAAAAAAUUUGUUUCCCAGUUGCAGUCUUAGAGGAAGAUCCUUUUUUUGGUGCCACCAAAACAGCAAAAGAGAUUUGCCUGGCACUAAAAGAAGAAAGGUAAGUUUUCAGCUAGAAUAUUUUAUUAAUUGGAACCAAUGCACUUGUGAUGUAUUGUAAUAGUUAUUUGUCUUUAUUGUUUGGUGGUAAAAGCUCGAUAUUGUGUGUUGCCUUAAUUUCUUUUUUAAUUGUUUGUAACCUUUCUUAGGCUGUCCGAUACCCUAUAAGCAUUGUUUUUACUUUAACUUUAUGAAAUAAAAUUAGUAAUUUUGUCUUAACCAGGGAAAGGUUGAGAGCAAGGUGGGCUCAGAGGGGAGACAGGUUGAACCCGAUUGAAGAGGUUUGUACAUAUUCUCAUGGUUAUUUAGCAAUUAAUGAAUGAGGCUGUGUAGGGAAUGAAGAAUUUGCCAAAUCGAGGAGGAUAUGUUAUCCACCGAGGCCUUGAUAGUGGAUGUUAUGAAUUUAAAGGGCUGGUCUGCAAAUAUACUUCAAAUAGUAGAUGUUGUCCAUCGAGGUGUCUCCUUGCUAUGUUUAGACAAUAGUUAGCCGUGAAACGAGUAAAAUGUUCCGCAGAGUGUUAUGCAAUUUUUGUUUUCACAACCAAAACAACUCCACUUCGUCCUUAGGUUUUCUCGGUGAACAGUGCAUUAACUGCAAAUGUGCUGCACUUUUGACAUCACUGGUUGAUUUAUUGCAAAAUUUUUCCAAAUUUGCUCAACAAUAGCUGCUUAUGCUGAAUUUUGCGUGUGCUUUUAGCCAGCUUAUAGGUAUAUUCUGGGUAAUUAGAACAUAAAACAUUUCUUUUAUCUGUUAAGCAGCCACUUGUUACGUGGUCGCUUCAAGUCUAAACUGUAUGAAUCUGGUACAUCAACAAUUGCCUUAUCCAAUGCAGGAUUUUGCUGCAGUUUUGACAAGCAUUGUACAAAAGGUUAUGUUUUUAAAUUAAUUCAGCUUUGUUUGUUAUCAUAGUCUGCAGAUUUGGAUGAAAGUGGAGUUGGGGAUGACAAUGAGGUAUGCACAUCCAUUGUUCACUGAUGGUCUUGGUCAUUCUGAGACUUUUGGGAUGUUUAGUUUAAGAAGUGAUAAACUGCAAUCGCGGACAAAUCCUGUAGAGACACAUUACAAAAAUAGCCUUUUUGCACUCACCCUGACAAAAAUGCUUACCAUCACAAAUUAAAAGACCUUUUCCCCUCCCCUAUUGCAAUGUUGUUUGCAGUAACACCAGAAAAUGCUCACAUGGGCUGUUCUGCCAAAACAACAGUGCAGCAGGGCUGGGGAGGGGGGUGGUAGUGUGUAUCAUUUAUGAAGCAGUUCUGCAACAUCCUGCAAAUAGCGUGUGUGAUGACCUGAAAUUUAUAUAGUCUGGUUGUUUAUUUUUUUAAGGAAAUGUUUAUCAGCCAGCAUGUUAAGUUGUCAUUAAUUGUAUUAAGAUGCAGUGCAAUGUUUGUAUUGAAUUUCUACAGGCACUGUACAAUGGUUUCUCGUUUUCUUGCUUACAAAUAGACUUAUUUAGAGCAGUUUCUUCCCUGGUGUUUACGUGACAGCCGAUUGUUUUGAAAAUUACAAUAUUUACAAUUUCUCUCCCAGUAUGUCUGGAUAUCAAAAACAAUUAUUUUUAAUACAUUGAUACAUACAUUUAUAAAUAUAUCCUGUGUGUAGGGAGGCCCUUUGUUUUAAUAUUCAUAACAAUGUGCCUAUGAUGUACUCUUUAGGAGGGCACCCUGAAUCUGACCCUAUGUUCCCAUUGCCACCGAAAUAAUCUAAUUAGAAUCUUUUACUUUUUUAAAAUUUGUUUCAGAAUGAGGACAGUGACACUGAGGUAUGCAUAAUGUUCACAAUUUUAUUUACUUUAAUCUCUCUGACUGGGCUGGACUGGUCGGACUGAGAUUUGAUCUGGACUGAUCGGAAUGGAUUUGAUCUGGACUGAUUGGAAUGGAUUUGAUCUGGACUGGUUGGACUGGAUUUGAUCUGGACUGGUUGGACUGGAUUUGAUCUGGACUGACUGGACUGGAUUUGAUCUGGACUGGUUGGACUGGAUUUGAUCUGGACUGGUUGGACUGGAUUUGAUCUGGACUGACUGGACUGGAUUUGAACUGGACUGGUCGGACUGGAUUUAUUCUGGACUGGUUGGACUGGAUUUGAUCUGGACUGACUGGACUGGAUUUGAACUGGACUGGUCGGACUGGAUUUAUUCCGGACUGGUUGGACUGGAUUUGGUCUGGACUGACUGGACUGGAUUUGAACUGGACUGACUGGACUGGAUUUAUUCUGGACUGGUUGGACUGGAUUUGAUCUGGACUGACUGGACUGGAUUUGAACUGGACUGGUCGGACUGGAUUUAUUCCGGACUGGUUGGACUGGAUUUGGUCUGGACUGACUGGACUGGAUUUGAACUGGACUGGUCGGACUGGAUUUAUUCUGGACUGGUUGGACUGGAUUUGAUCUGGACUGACUGGACUGGAUUUGAACUGGACUGGUCGGACUGGAUUUGAUCUGGACUGGUUGGACUGGAUUUGAUCUGGACUGACUGGACUGGAUUUGAACUGGACUGGUCGGACUGGAUUUAUUCUGGACUGGUUGGACUGGAUUUGAUCUGGACUGACUGGACUGGAUUUGAACUGGACUGGUCGGACUGGAUUUAUUCCGGACUGGUUGGACUGGAUUUGAUCUGGACUGGUCGGACUGGAUUUAUUCCGGACUGGUUGGACUGGAUUUGGUCUGGAUUGACUGGACUGGAUUUGAACUGGACUGACUGGACUGGAUUUGAUCUGGACUGAUCGGACUGGAUUUGAUCUGGACUGGUUGGACUGGAUUUGAUCUGGAUUGACUGGACUGGAUUUGAACUGGACUGGUCGGACUGGAUUUGAACUGGACUGGUCGGACUGGAUUUAUUCCGGACUGGUUGGACUGGAUUUGAUCUGGAUUGACUGGACUGGAUUUGAUCUGGACUGACUGGACUGGACUUGAACUGGACUGGUCGGACUGGAUUUAUUCUGGACUGGUUGGACUGGGUUUGAUCUGGAUUGACUGGACUUACUGGACUGGAUUUGAUCUGGACUGGUCGGACUGGAUUUGAUAUGGACUGGUUGGACUGGAUUUGAUCUGGACUGACUGGACUGGAUUUGAUCUGGACUGACUGGACUGGAUUUGAUCUGGACUGGCUUAAGUGGGUUUGUGUGUGGUGUGGUCUGGCUAACAUGGUACUACUGUGGACUGGGUGGACUAGGUACUUCGGGUACAUAAAUAGUAGGGCAAGACUUGCUUAAGCAAAUAGAACAAAUAAUUUAUUAAUAUCAUGAAUUUCCAUAAACAAUAAUCAUUAAGCGUUGAUAAAUAAUUCUAAACACAGUACAGUCGAUUAAAGAUUAACUUGAAUGUAAGUAAGCUUAAUUUAAAUGUUAAAUUGCCCGAAGGUCCAUUCGAAUGUCUUCCCAGAGGAAGUAUGACAGUAGACCUUUCUACUGUCAUACUUCCUCUGUGCCUUUUUUUUUUUGUAGGUUACAUUUGGACCAGGAGAGGCGAGGUCAACUGAUGAUUUGUCGGCUACAAUUGAAGAUCCGAAGGAAGACGGUAUGCGAAGCUUUUUAAGUAAUUCUAACAAUACCUUAUUUUACAUCUCCUAGGAGAAUCUUUUACCCGUAAAUGGUUAUGUUUCAUUGAAAUCUUAGACUGAAUUUAUGACCGUUCUACCACGCUCUGUUGUGCAACAAGAGAAAAAAGGCCUCAGUCUGAUAAUGUAUUUAUCGAUCUGCCCAUUCAUUAACAGAAGCUGCGGGAAAACCAGGAGAGACGAGGUCAACUGAUGAUUUGUCGGCUACAAUUGAAGAUCCGAAGGAAGACGGUAUGCGAAGCUUUUUAAGUAAUUCUAACAAUACCUUAUUUUACAUCUCCUAGGAGAAUCUUUUACCCGUAAAUGGUUAUGUUUCAUUGAAAUCUUAGACUGAAUUUAUGACCGUUCUACCACGCUCUGUUGUGCAACAAGAGAAAAAAGGCCUCAGUCUGAUAAUGUAUUUAUCGAUCUGCCCAUUCAUUAACAGAAGCUGCGGGAAAACCAGGAGAGACGAGGUCAACUGAUGAUUUGUCGGCUACAAUUGAAGAUCCGAAGGAAGACGGUAUGCGAAGCUUUUUAAGUAAUUCUAACAAUACCUUAUUUUACAUCUCCUAGGAGAAUCUUUUACCCGUAAAUGGUUAUGUUUCAUUGAAAUCUUAGACUGAAUUUAUGACCGUUCUCCCACGCUCAAUUGUGCAACAAGAGAAAAAAGGCCUCAGUCUGAUAAUGUAUUUAUCGAUCUGCCCAUUCAUUAACAGAAGCUGCGGGAAAACCAGGAGAGACGAGGUCAACUGAUGAUUUGUCGGCUACAAUUGAAGAUCCGAAGGAAGACGGUAUGCGAAGCUUUUUAAGUAAUUCUAACAAUACGUUAUGUUACAUCUCCUAGGAGAAUCUUUUACCCGUAAAUGGUUAUGUUUCAUUGAAAUCUUUGACUGAAUUUAUGACCGUUUUACCAAGCUCUGUUGUGCAGCAACGAGAAAAAAAAAAAGCUCAGUUUGAUAAUGUAUUUAUCGAUCUGUCGAUUCAUUAACAGGAGCUGCGGGAAAAGGAAAAAAGAGAAAGAACAAGAAGAAGAAGAAGAAAAACAAAAAGAAAAACAAGAAGAUUAAAAUCACUCCAGUUGGAGACUCAGGGGCGGAUCCAGGAGCUUAAUUGGGUGGCUAGAAACUCACCUUUAUAACAGCCCACUAAAAAGAAUAUAAAGUCAAAAAAUCUACAAAGCCGAUCAGCUUCACGGUGACAAUGAAAGACCAAACACCUGAAUUUACAACCAAGACAGAAAACCAUUAAUAAUAUGUAUUUAAUUUUUGCGUUUGCAUUUCGUCCUUCCAAAAUGUGAAUGUUUUGGGACAACUACAAGAGAAUUUGAACUCAAUUAACGUAUAUUGUGCCCU